AAUUGAAUUAGACAUUGAAUAUAAAAGGAGCGCAGCAGCACUAACCUCCAUAAUUCUCUCUCUUUCCUCUCACCCUCUCCCUCCCUCCCUGCCUUCAGAUCCCCUUACCCCCCUUCCCCCUUUCCCGUCUCACCUCACCCCCCCUCCCAGCUCUGGCUACAGACGGAGACAGCCAUGCAGUCCUUCCGUGAGCGCAGCGGUGGUUACCACAGCAACCAACCCUGUUACCAGCAGGAGCCCCAUGAAUUAUCCCGCCUCGAGACCUACCGGCAACAUCCGCAUCACCCCCAUCCCCAGCAUCCGCACCCGGGCCCUGGUCCACAUCCAGGCCCGGGCCCGGGGCACGCCAGGUCGGGCUAUGAGGCUCAUUCACUGGCCAACCCCACGAGCAUGCCUCCAGCUGGAGGACCGGGAACUGGAGGACCCAAGGACUGUUACAGCCAGCAAGCCUACCCCGGGUACCCAGGCACUGCUGGAGGGAAUGGGAGCGUAACUGGGGGUUCGGCACCAUCACAGGCGAAGAAAGCCUACAGAGGGAGCAAAGUGCCCCCACAAAGUCAGCACCUACAGGGUCCUGGGGGCUACAGUAACCACAUGGGCCCUGGGAGUUACUCAGCCCAGUAUAUGAGCGAGGGCCACCUUCAGCAGAAAUGGGAGGACUCGGCCCAGUUAGCACAGUACGACCAGGAGAUGGUGGGGCGCAUGGAGGCUGGUGGUACCCCUGCACCUGCCUCCACCCAGUACAUGGACCAGAACAUGCUCGGCCACUCCCAGACCCAGUGCCACCAGCCCUCCACCCCGGCCUAUACCAGCCCCCACCAUCAGCCCCACCCCCCUAACCCCACCCCCUCUCCACUCAUGUACCCCCAGAGUCACCUCCAUUACCCCCAGCACUCACCCUCUCCGUCACCAUACAUGGAGAAGUGCAGCCCCAUGCCCCACUGCUAUAAAGGCUACAACAUACCGCCCAAUUCCCAGUACGGCCGACAAAUGAGCAGCCACAGCAAUCUGAAGCAGGGGGCUUACAGGUCGACCCAGAACAGUUACGGCUACCAGCAGCCUCCCUCCAGAGCUUAUGAGCAGCAGCCCCCUUUACAGGCCAUGACCAACCCCCAGGAGCCCCACCCGAAGUACCAACACUACAGCCAACCCCAACAAAACUACUGCCUCUCAGAGCUGUCCGUCAGAUCACCAGAGCAGUAUUACCAGACUUGUAGCCCCUCCUCAAGCCACUCCCCUGCACGCUCCGUAGGACGCUCCCCCUCAUACAGCUCCACCCCUUCACCACUAAUGACCAACCCAGAGUCAUUCCAGUACGGCCAACCUCCCAUGACCCCCGGGGCAGCCUCCUCCUCUUCAUCUUCUUCAGCUGGCAUGCAGGAGCAAGCUAACACCAACGCCAUGUUGAUGCCCCCACGCUCGCACCCCUCACCCAAUGUGCCCCACGCAGCCCCCCACAGCUACACUACCACACCGCAGGUCCCCACCAUGAAGGAACGUUUCUCGGAGAAGCUGCUGUCCAACCCUAGCUUGUGGAGCCUGAAUGCCCUCACCUCUCAGGUAGAGAACAUCUCUAAUAACGUCCAGCAGCUGCUGCUCUCGGAGGCCCUGGUGGCCAACAAGAAGGGCGGUAAGCGCAGCAGUGGAGGCAGCAACAGCAGUGCUGGAAAUGGAGCAUCCACCAAAAAGGGUGAGGAGUACAAAAGUCCUUCAUAUCCAGAUGGUGGUGGUGGUGGUAGUGUUGGUGGAAACCCCAUGCAGGACCCUUACUCUACCCCACAGCACCAGCCAAUGCCCAUGGAGCUCCAUGAGGGAGGUUACUCCAGCAGUAGUGAUGAACAGCUGGAGAGGGGCUACUACUACUGUGGCCAGGGCAGAAGUCCAGCUCAGGCCCCCAAUAACACACAACUCAGCCUGGACACAGCGUCCUCAUGCUCCAUGACAUCUCCAGAUGAUAUGUCCACCAGGUCUGGGGACUCAGGUUUGCACAACCUUACCCCUGACCCUACUAGAUGUCAGUCGGGGCAGGGAGGAGAUGGCAUGAACACCCCAGUGAAGAGCAUUGGUGAUGAGAGGUCUCCUACAAGCAUCACAAUCCCCAGUCCUAUGAAACAAGAAAGGGAUUCCCCUUCAGACAUACAGCAUAUCACUGAGCCUGUCAAAGAGAACUUUGAAGAAUCAGCCUGGACAGAGAAAUCAGCUGACAAAGAGGAGGUGUCAACAGAUAAAACCCCUGACUGUGAGAGAGAAUCAGACACAACUAAAUCUACAGAGAAUCUGGAGAAAUGGUCAGAUGAAGAGAAAUGCCCGGCUAUCUACAGCAAGGUAAACACAGAGGUAACAGAAAAAAGUUAUUGCUAUAAGGAGGCAGAGUACCAAGAGGUUCAGAGCAAAUAUGACCCUGAUGCAAGAGACUCGGUCGAACAGUCCCCAGCAGCUCUCUCUGACUCCAGCCACAAGGAACACUUUGGCCAUGAGAUGAAAUCAGAGGCGUUCAAAUCUGAGUCUCCAACUGCGUCUGAGAGCUCAGUGAAAACAUUGCCUUUUAUUUCUAGGGGCGACCUUGAACAGGAUCAAUAUUCCACAGAGAAGGAGGACAGCUCAGAGAAUACAUCUCCAACCCCCCAAGUUGAGGUGCUGGAUGAGAGCAACUCAGACAAGAGAGAGAGCAGAGAUGAGGAGGAGGAAGAGGAGGGGGAGGAAGGGACUGAGGAGGAGGAGGGCGGCGGACAGGAGGAGGCGGAUGAAGAGGAACAAGAAGAAAUGCAGACACAACAACAACCUUCUCUGUCCCCUCCUCUGUCUGCAGAGGAAAGCGAGGAACUGGGGGAGGGGGAGAAAGUGACAUCGACCGAGGAGCAUGUGAGUACAGGAGAUGGGCAGGAGAAGCCUCCUGGAGAUCUCUGCAGCAGGACAGAGAGUCAGAGUACGGAGCUCCACACUGAAAACGAGCCUGCAGGGCUGCCUGCCCAUCCAAACGCAGCGGCGGCAACAGCAGCAGCAGAUGCUCCUGCAAGGGAGUCAGCCAUUGGUGACACUGCUCCUCAGCCCCAGUCUGCUAUGCCCGUCUUCUCAGCUCUCAACGACAAGACAACACCUCCGGCUCAGGCACGGGAUCAUAUUGAUCACAGUGACGCUAAAGUGCUGGAGCCAGACUCUCCUCAGCUGCCAGGGAAGUCGAUACUUCCCUCAGCCCCCUCCUGGGCAGAUACUCCGCCUUCCCCAAAAAAAGGUGAUGAGGACAUGGAGCCGGGCAUCAGCUGCUCUAGCGCUGUGACCCCCCUGGCCAAGCCAGAACCUGUGGCCCCAUCUGCUCAGCCGAGGGCUUUUGGGCGUAAGCAUGCCAGGGGCAGAAGAAGAAUCAUGCAUUCCGGUGUGGGAAUCAGGCGACAGCUAAGCAUGGAGAGGGAAGGGGAAAAGGAAGAGGAGGGAGCCCCCUCGCCUACACAGAAACCCUGCAUGCCUCCGAGCAAAACUGUACUAUUCUCAGAUCAAAUGGACCUCGCUCAUCAGGAAUCUAUUGUGAGCCAGACUCCAAAAAUGCUGACUGAUGGUUUUCGUUCGAGAAUGUGCACUCGCUCGUUCAAUGCACCAGACUUGCCACCCAAAGUCGAGCCUCAUGCGAAGAGAAAACCAGGCCCAAAACCAGGUUCAAAGCCUGGGCUCAAACCAGGGCCAAAACCUGGACCAAAACCAGGGCCGAAACUGGGAGCAAAGCCAGGUCCAAAACCAGGGCCUAAACCUGGCCUAAAGCCUGGACCAAAGCCUGGGCCAAAACCUGGGCCUAAACCAGGACCAAAACCUGUGCCAAAUGAACCAGAGCUGCCACCGAAAGUUGAGACUCCUGUGAAACGAAAACCAGGACCAAAACCAGGACCAAAACCUGGGCUGAAACCUGGGCCAAAACCUGGGCCAAAACCUGGACCAAAACCUGGUCCAAAACCAGCUCUAAAGCCAGGUCCAAAACCAGGACCUAAACCUGGACCCAAGCCUGCAGAUGUUCUGCCCCCAGAGAAUACUGCACCCAUCAAGGCCUCAGUGGGUCGCCCCAAAGGUUCAGUUUCUAAAGCAAAGCUGGUACAACAAGAAGAAACCAUCCAACCUUUGACAGGAAUGCAAAGCAGGGGCAGGAAGAGCCCGAAAGCUAUUAUAUCACAAGUAAAAGAGGACGUAAAACCAGUAAACCAGGAAGAAAAACAAGCAAACCAUGAGGUUAAGGCUCCAGAGAGUAAGAACAUGGUCUUGAGAUCCAGAAAGCCGUCGCAAGAAAAAACGUCAAAAGAAAAAGAAAAAAUCACAGGAGAAGAUAUUCUUCCCAAGACACUAACAGAAAUUAAGGCCAGUGAUGAUUCUACAAAAGUGGAGGAGCCUGUUUCUGUGGAACAAAGUCCAACUCCCACUCCUACCACAGUCAAAAACACAGAUGUUCCAGCAGACCCACCUGCACCACUUGUCCCAGUAGUCCCAACUGAACAAUCUGAAGAAAAGACACCACUUCCAUUAAAACGGAAACCUAGCCCAGAGCUUUCUACAACACCAGUAAAGAAAAAGAGGGGUCCGAAGCCCAAACCAAAACCCUUACCACCUCAACCAGCUCUGCUGGAACCAGUUGUCUCUGCACCUAAAGAGAAGAUUGUUCGGGGACCCAGAAGAAAGCGAGGGCCAGCCAAGAAAGCUUCUGUGGUCAGUCCCCCACCCAAAGACACUCCUGCUAACAUCAGUGAGACGGACAUCACCACUGAUGUGCCUGUGGUGCCUCCUCAGUGCCCCACUAGAACAAAAGUUCUUCCACCACGCAAAGGCAGGGGACAGAAAUACGAGGCAAUGGUGCAGAAAAAUGCAACUCCUAGCUCGAAGAAACACCUUCCAAUCCCCCAGAUAGACAGCAGUCUAAGUGAUGAUGUGACAGCCAAGGCUUUGCCUCAACAUGUCUUAAAGGAAGGUGAGGCAUCAAUGAUCAUAAAUAGCACUGAGAUAAUAGAGUCUAGACAAGAGGAGGCGAAACAACAAGAGGGCACAGAGAGAAAAAAGGAGACACAAGAGAGGGAAAAGUCUGAGGUGAGUCAAGAGGCAUCAACACCAGAGAAAGGGACAGAAGAAGAGGUUGUAAAUAAGGAGGAGACAAGACAAGAAAUCAUUAAAUUAGGGACACAGCAGGAUGUCAAAGCUGACAAAGUUUGGAGCUCAGCAGAGGCCCCAGUAGAAGUCAAGCCUGCAGGAGAGUGGACGCAACAGGCCUCAAACGGUGCUGCCACUAAGUCUGCCAGAACUAAAAGGAAGAGAUGGGCCAUGGUGGAGAGCACAGAUGCAUCAGUAGUAGCCUUGGAAGCAGGGAGCCUAAUAGUUACAACACCACGGCUAGCCAAACAGAGGGCCAUUAAAAACAACCAUGAGAUGCACCUUAAACAGAGGAGAAAGAAGAGAAAAGGCCAAGCCCCUCUAGAAGAAAUGGAGACAGUCGAGGAGACAAAUAUUGAAACAGCAGAACAACAAGCAGAGAGUGUGGAAGAAAAGGUAACCCCCACAGAGUCCACAGUUCCUCUGCCAAUCAGCCCAGAUGAGAUCACAGAAGCCCCCCAGGUUACCAGCACAGAACUCAUACAGAAACCUAGGAGAGGAAGAAAACCAUCUGCAAAUCCCACUAAGCGGAAACGAGGCAAAGCCUCAUCAGAGCAAAUUCCUGGCAAGCCAAUGAAGGUCCACAAAAAGCCCGGGCCAAAACCUGGGAUGAAAGACGCCAUGGAGGUUAUUGAGGCGGUAGUGAGGGCUGCAGGGUGUGAACGGGACGAACAAGAGCAGAGAGAAAGGGAAGAAAUGGAAAGAAGGGAAGGAGAAACGACGGAGAAAUCUGAAACGUGUGUUGUGGGUCCUGUAGUAACAGUAUCGGAAAAACACACAGAGGUCAUUUCUGUGAAAAGAAUCAGGCGCAGACCAGUCCAUCAAAAUUCAAAACUGUCUUUCUGUCCUUAUGUACGGAUUAACAACUCCAGAGACUUCUCCUCCUGGUGUGCUAUAGUCAACAAGCCGGAGGAUGCAGUAAUAUUUCAGAGACGUAGAAAAAAGGGCAUACUCAGAAUGAGGAAUCCUUUCACAGUUGCAAAAGUUGUGCCACACACUGCUGCCAUGCUGCAGGGGCCCCUGGUAAACAGAAAUCUGAUUGACAGGUGUCUUACAUGUUCCCUGUGUGGAAAGCCAGCAAAUUACAGAGACCUGGGUGAUCUGUGCGGACCCUACUACACAGAGGACGGCGUUCCACGGAAGAUUUUAACGAUCGAGCACACAGAAUCCCUCAGGGAAGAGUCACAGAAACCAGACGUCAGCAUCAGUAGCAGCAGCAGCAGUGAAGAACCAAGCAAAUCCUCAAAGAGCGAGGGCGAGGGCAGCACGGAGAGGGAGGACAACACGGGGGCGUCCAGUCAAGAGAGCAGUAGUAGCAGGCACCAUCACUGGCGCCACCGGCGGGCAGAAAGAACAGAGAGGACGGGUCAGGAGGGCGGUCCACGGAGGUUAACUCUCCGAGAGAGGUUCAGGAGGAUGAAGCAGCUCCAGGCCGCCAGCACGGGGGCCUCGAGUGACCAAGAGGGUGGCGACAGCAAGUUCCAAAGGCUACAAGUGGAAGCAGAGGCUAAGGAGCACUGGGCCCAUGAAAACUGUGCCAUCUGGACCAAGGGGGUAAUUAUGAUAGCUGGGAGGCUGUAUGGACUGAGAGAGGCUGCCAACAACUCAUCCCAAACGAGCUGCUACAAGUGCCAGAUUGCAGGGGCGUCCCUCAGCUGCUGUUGGAGAGGCUGCUCUCAUAAAUACCACUAUGUCUGCGCCAAAGAGAUAGGCUGCACAUUCCACGAGGAUGACUUCUCCAUCAAAUGUCCUAAACACGAGGACCUGUAAGAUAUUCCAGUUCACCACCUCCACCACCAACACCACCUCUCAACCAGGCACCUAUCCAGCAAAAGGCAAGGAAAGAAGAUCAUCAGCCACCAAUACGUUAAAAAAACAGCAACCACAGCCACAGUGAUGACUGAUGACGGACAGGCACAUCAGCCAAUGGAGCUGCAGCCUGGGGGGGCGGGGCUAGGGAGAAGGUAAAAGGAGCAAUAUAUAAACCCGGGAGAAGGGCUCCGCAGAGAGAAGCAGCCCCCUGAACCCGGCCUGGAAAUGUGUUUUCCCAACUGAGCCCCUUACUGGAAGACUGUUUAACAGGAGGAUAGACGGCGCUUUAGAGACUGUGUGCCUAGAGCCCAGUGCACAGGGGGGCUGUUUGAAAUGCAGAGCGAGGAAUGUGUGUGUGUUCUGCCUUUCGGAUGGGUUGCUAUCAUAUUCAGACACCUGGCGGACACUGAUUGGACAGGAGCAUCCCUCUGGCCACCUUGUCUGUGGGCCAAGAAGCGUGUAUGUGUGUGUGUGUGUGUGUGUGUGUGUGUGUGUGUGUGUGUGAGAGUUAUCACAUUGUCAUUCUACGGCCACAUCAUCAGCGUGUUUGUGCAUUACGUGUCCGUGUGAGUGAAGAAGAAGUUCAUCUCCGAUUCAAGAUGUCAUUGCAUCGAAAAAAGCAGCAGCCAACCACUGGAUGUACUAUCUCAAUGUGUGUGUGUGUGUGUGUGUGUGUGUGUGUGUUUAAAAACAAGAGACAAAACUAAACAAAAAAUGGAAACUGUACAUGAUGAUGAUAACGUGCUUUACAGGUUCUAAAUAUUCUGAUAUUGAAGAGACAAGAAGAAGAAGAAGAAGAAGAAAAACAAAAAAAGGACGCAGUAUUUUAAUAUAAUGCUCUUAUCUUCGGAGAUGUAUUUUGAUGUGCAUUAUGACUAUACGACAUCAUUGCGUCACUCUUGGUAUAUGUCAGGCUUUGUUGUAAUUCAGAAAUUUAAAAAAAUGGAGAAAAAAAGAGGAAAAAAAAAAGAAAAGAUAACUCUGUUUAAGAGUCCAUUUCAACUGUGUGCACACAUUCAAUAUGUACAAUAAGACGCCAUAAUCACGCGACAGAUUGGAGAUCAGGGCUCCAAGGGCCCAACCGGGAGUUAGGUCAUGUCACUUCAUUUCUAUGUACAGUUCAGAAGUAUUACUGUUGAACAUUUACCAUCAUGUAUGAUUACUUCACUUACCACGGCGACGCAGAAAGAUAUACAUUCAAGUCAACACAUCUGUCUGUUAGUGUAUCUCAAAUGUAGCCUCUUUCACUCUUCCAUGCUAUGUAACAAUGCCCUGUACAGGGCGUCAGUUUAAUUACUGGUCAUAUCAAAAAGGAGACAUAUUUAAGUAUUAGAGCAUAAAAGAAAGUGCAAAAACGCCACACCAAACGUUCUCUUUUAUGAAGCUCAUUAUUUAAUGGUGUAUAUAAGUAUUUGAUGCUGUUUAAAUGUAAGAUGUGAUGUACUAAUAUAAUUGUGUAUAGUAUUUCCUAGAGAUGUUUAUUUUCUAUAAAAUGGAAUAUGUUAUUGCUUAUAAAAUGUUAUUAAAAGAAUCCAUUGAUGAAAAAAAAAUAACGACCUUUUUUGGGAAUGUCACUUGUCAUAAGUUGGAGCAUGCCGUUUUAUUGAUUUUAAUGUCUUAUUUGUUUGGAAUCGAUGACACAGCAUCACUUUGUUUGAAAUGUUUUUUGUAACGCCAAUGUUAAAUAUACCAGCACCUUUCAAUGCUGCUAUGACCAA